CCUAAAGCUAAAUUAGAAAACCUGAAACUCCCCAUCUCUCUCUCGAGAUCGAGAAUAAAUCUUGAGAGUUUUUGUGGUGGUUGGUUGUAUGAUCUGAGCAGUAAGAGUCGAGUGAGGUCAUCAUCAUGUUCAUGGUUGAUUGGUUCUAUGGCGUACUCGCUUCGUUAGGGUUAUGGCAGAAAGAGGCUAAGAUCUUGUUUCUAGGACUCGAUAAUGCUGGUAAAACCACCUUGCUUCACAUGUUGAAAGACGAGAGAUUGGUACAGCAUCAGCCGACGCAGCAUCCAACCUCUGAAGAACUCAGCAUUGGGAAAAUCAAGUUCAAGGCUUUUGAUUUGGGUGGUCAUCAGAUUGCUCGCAGGGUUUGGAAAGAUUACUAUGCUAAGGUCGAUGCUGUGGUCUACCUAGUUGAUGCUUACGACAAAGAGAGAUUUGCAGAAUCUAAAAAGGAACUCGACGCCCUUCUCUCGGACGAAUCUCUAGCCAAGGUUCCGUUCCUCAUCCUAGGAAACAAAAUCGACAUACCGUAUGCUGCAUCAGAGGACGAGCUACGUUACCAUCUCGGCCUCUCCAACUUCACAACAGGAAAAGGUAAAGUGAAUCUAACGGAUUCUAAUGUUAGGCCAUUGGAGGUUUUCAUGUGCAGCAUCGUUAGGAAAAUGGGUUAUGGCGAAGGCUUUAAAUGGCUCUCUCAAUACAUCAAGUAAGACUACUAGACUCACUCCCCCACCCCGCCAUGCUUAUUAAACCUUAUUGUCUUUGCCUUUUUUUUUUUUUUUUUCAAUGUGUUGUAAGAGCAUCUUUAUCGGAAGAUUAUAAUUUUGAGACUCUUAGAAUCUUUUAAGAGUAAAUUGUGUACUUUUUAAAACUAAGAACUUUUUGUAGGUGAAAUAAAAUUAUCCCCUCCAA